CGUUGCCUUCUGCUCUCUCGCCUCCCUCUGGGCCAUGGAUCUGCUAGAGGACACUCAGGCCUCGUCAAAAGAUGGCACCAACUCCCAGGGCGUGUAUAUCUACCGCCCUACAGACUCGUCCAAGGUGCACGGAGACCGGCCCUCGAAGCGACGUAAGGUAUUGCCGCCAAAGCAAGAGCCGGAACGGAAUGCGCGCCUAUUCGCUCCGCUGCUGAACGGAGACGAGAACCCGGAGUCGGUCGACUUGAGAUAUAAAGCCUAUGAACACUUAUGGGGGGCCCAGGAAGCGAAAAUCCAGAGAGUUCUGGACGAGGCCGACUCGGAGGUCCUGGAAAAUGUCGCAUCUUUCGUUAGGUCGACAUCGCCUAAGACAUAUGACGGCUGCAUCCCUUCCGCGCUGGUGACCGUGGGAUCGAACGUUUCGUCUCUUGGUCGCCUUUUGGCCCGACUCAAUGAUCAACUGAUUUCGACGAAUGAAGGAGGAGUGGUGAUGCUGGAGUCCGGGGAUGCGCCCAACCUCAAGGCGACACUGAAGAAUACGAUACGAGCUGCAAUCACGAACACCGAGGGAAACGACGGUUACCAGUCUUUCUUGAAUGAUCGAGAUGGACCACGAUUACUUGGAUAUGAUCUCGAUUUACUUGGAGACUAUGUACAAAGAAAGGGUGUCAAGAAAUUGGUACUGGCCUUCCGAGAUAGCGAAGCCUUUGAUCCGAACAUUCUAACGGACCUUUUGUCUUUACUAAGCUCCUGGCUUGACCGGAUCCCUUUCACGCUGCUGUUCGGUAUCUCAACCUCCAUCGAGCUCUUCGAAGGAAGACUGCCCCGAUCGACAGUCGCCUUGUUGAAAGGGAAAUAUUUCGAAAUCCACGAGGCCAGUAACUGCGUUGAUCGCAUCUAUGAGCGAAUACAGGCAGAGGAGGACGGUCAACUUUGGAUAGGGCGUAAUAUCACCAACAUCCUGUUAGAAAAGUCAAGCGACUUCUUUCAGACGCCGGAAGCUUUUAGUCGAACCGUCAAAUAUGCUUAUAUGUCGCACUUUUUCGCGAAUCCUCUAGCCGUGCUUCUUGCGGACGAUCGAGACGAAACCAAGUUGCAACAGCCCCGGCUAUGUGAGGCAAUUAGGAACACCUCAUCUUUCCGAAGAUAUUGUGAGGAUCUUGCCGAUCAGGGCCACUUGAAGCAGGUGCGCAGCCUGCUCGAAGAUGACCAGAAUCUGUUUCAAGAAAGCCUGCGCCAACUUGGAGCUGGGCAGCAAAGAAUGCGUGAUAUGUUUCAGGCCGUCAAGGUGAUCCAUUCUUGUCUAAAGGAAUUCAACCUCGUCAAGAGGACAGGAAUAUCUGACCUCUCAAUUCUGGCCCUUUCUGGAGAGUUGUUGGAUUCGCAGUCCGUGGGGGACAUCCUCCAGACAUUCAAGACUCUCGACUCCACCCGACUCAAGGCACUUUUCACGGUUCUCUCACAUCAUCUGAUGCGAAAUCCAACAUUCGCCAGAACUCAGCAGGACCUGGAGGACUUGCUAGAGAAUCAUCAAAGCCCUGAGCCCCUCCGAAGUGAGUAUGACAGCCGCCACUCCGUCAUGGCAACAACGGUUGUCCAACAGCGGGUAAAACUCAGCAAGGGUAAAUCCAAGUUGUCCGAACAGGACAUCGAAUAUACAAAGAUUAUAAACCGCUUCCUCAGCCUUUCGGAGGCAUAUUUCCAGGAAAACCUCUUCCGGCCGCAAGACCUCUUCCUACAUGAGGUCUUCCUUGUUGACAUGAAAAACCCAUUGAAGGAAACAUUUGCUCCGCGCCCGCGCUUUUCCAUUGAGCGCGCAUUAUCUAGCCCCUUCGAUUACUUGGUAUCGACUUCGGAGACCACGGAGACGAAAGUCUCGGCCAAGCAGCCUGCUACGGCCAUCUUAUAUCAGCUGUACCUUGAGUCUGGAUCUCUCGUGAACAUGCACGACCUUUGGCAUGCAUUCCAUGCGGUAUUCGAGAGCGACCAAGGGGACCGCUGUGACGAGCGCCUGACCAUGGUCUUGUUCUACCGGGCUCUCUCGGAGCUAAAGGCGCUGGGUACGAUCAAAUCCAGUCGCAAGAAGGUCGACCAUGCCGCGAAGACAUCAUGGAUAGGUCUUUGAUUGGCCAUACGCAGCAUAUAACACACGGAGAAUAACUAUUUUGUAUCUUAGAAAAAGGGUAUCAUAUAUGCAUAAUGAAC